UUAUCCACUAUUUUUGUACUACGAAUUAAAUCACAACUUGGCCAAAAUGAGUGAUCCGGAAAACGACUCGAAGGUGAGACGGGGUCCCAAACACAUGCGUCUGCGCUACUACACCUCCUACGAGGAGGCGACCAUCGUCAAAGUGUGGCGCGAGCAUCUGCACGAAAUAACUUCCUACACGGAGAAUCUAUCCAUAUUUCGAGAAAUAGCCUUCGGAUUGCAGCAGCAUCGCAUCCGGCUUAACAAGCAGGAGGUGCGGCGUCGUAUCAGCAGCUAUCGCAACAAAUACCUAUUGGAGCGCAGUCGGCUAGAAAGCGAUCCGCAGUAUAAAUCCGAAUGGCGUCUCUUUCCGCUCAUUGACUGCCUGUUCCAGACGGGUGGAACGGCCGCCACGCCCCCAAACGUUGCCCAAACGGAACUAAAACGCAUCGAGCAGCUGGAGGCGAAUGUGCGCCAGGAGCUGACCAACUUGCCCCGCUUCAGUCGCCAUGAUUGCAAAACCAUCAAAUUCAAACAGGAUCCGAAUGGUUGUCCAUUCCUCGAUGUGCAGCAGCAAGAGCAGCAGCCACUGUCCUUCCACUACGCCCACAUCAAGACUGAAGUGAAACAGGAACUGGAUAUAAUUCCAACACUGCCCGAGGAGAAACGCUUCCCGUUGAUGUCAGCGAAUCGCAUCAAGCAGGAGCCACAUCUGCUGCCGAUGUCAGCCUCGGAGCAGUCGCCGUCCACCAGCCUGGACUCGAAUCCGGCGUGCUAUUCGCGACGGACGCGUCGUCGCAUGAUUAUGCCGCGAUCGGGAAGCAUAACGCUUGCUCAGAUCGAGCAGCUGCAGAAAGAGAACGAGCUACUCAAGGAGCAGCGGGACAUGGAUCUGGCCGAUCUGAAGCUGAUGGAGCGCGAGUACCAGCUGCUGGAGCAGAAGUUGGACAGCUGCCUGCACCGGAAUGAGGUCCUGCUCAACUAUAUGGAUACGUAUCUCGUCAAGCGAGGAACUAUUUAGAUUGAUUUUUAAUCAUAGUUUAAGUUAGAAUUAUCUCCGUUAACGGAAAUGGAAAUAGAAAUGAAUCUGAGGUUUAUUUUCGAGCUGCUUCCAAAGAAACCUUUUUGAUCUCCAGCGCUCACUUCUUAUUUAAAUUUCUUUAAUUACACAAAAAAUCUGUUAGAAAAA